CAGCGCCAUUGCUGGAAGCGUUCCCGCCCUGCUCUGCGAGUGCCCUCAGUUGUCCUCAGUUCGGACGCCAGAUAUGUCUUUGCAGGAUUCCACUUUUUCCAGAAAGGGAAACACAGAAAAAAUUGUGACUGCUAUGGUUUUUUCUAUUGGAACUCUGAGUCCUGAAGUUUCCCAGCCAGACAAACAUCUUCACCUUCAGGGAGAAGAACCAAAAUUGGCAAAGGAAUCAGUGACAUUUAAAGAUGUGGCUAUAGACUUCACACUGGAAGAAUGGCUGUUGAUGGACCCUAAACAGAGGAACCUGCACAAAGAUGUGAUGCUAGAGAAUUAUAGGAAUCUUGUUUCCCUGGGGCUUGCAGUUUCCAAACCAGACAUGAUAUCUCAUUUGGAGGAUGGAAAAGGACCAUGGGUGAUAAUGAGAGAAAUUUCAAGAACGCCCUAUCCUGAGUUGGACACCAAAUCUGGAACCAAGAAUGCUAUACCAACAGAGGUUAUUUCUACAGAAGAUUUACCACAGAAACCCAUAAUUGAGAAACUCACAGGGAAUGGCCUAUGGGAUUCCAGAAUGGGAGGAUUAUGGAAAUGGAAUGACAGAAUAGUAAGAUUGCAAAAUAGUCAGGAGAGUCAAUUAAGUCAAAGAAUAAUAACACAAAAGAAAAUUUCCACUGGUCAAAGAGGCCUUAGAUUUGGAUCUAUUCUUUUCCCAGAACCAGGAGUUAUCACAGAAGAAGUCCACAGUAUAUGUCAAACACAUGAAGGAAAUUACAGAGAUAAUUUAGAUUUUAUUACAAAGAUCCAUUUGGGGAAGAAAAUUUGUACUGAUAAAGAUGGCAGCAAAACCGUAAGGCCUACUUUAGAACUUACCUUAGGGGAAAAAAACAAUAAUAAAGACAAACCCUUUAAAUGUAGUACAUGUGAAAAGACCUUUCGUUAUAGAUCAUUACUCAUUCAACAUCAGAGAACUCACACUAAAGAAAAGCCUUAUGAAUGUAGUGAAUGUGGGAAAAUGUUCAGCCAGCCUUCGUAUCUCAGUCAACAUAAAAAAAUCCACACUGGAGAAAAACCCUACAAAUGUAAUGAAUGUGGAAAGGCCUUUAUUGCUUCUUCAUCACUUAUGGUACAUCAGCGAAUUCAUACUAAGGAGAAGCCUUAUCAAUGCAAUGUCUGUGGGAAAUCUUUUAGCCAAUGUGCCCGCCUUAAUCAGCACCAGAGAAUUCAAACUGGAGAGAAGCCCUACAAAUGUAGUGAAUGCGGCAAAGCUUUUAGUGAUAAAUCAAAACUUGCAAGACAUCAGGAAACUCAUAAUGGAGAGAAGCCCUAUAAAUGUAAUGACUGUGGGAAAGCCUUUAGGAAUAAAUCAUAUCUUAGUGUACAUCAGAAAACCCAUACUGAAGAGAAACCAUAUAAAUGUAAUGAAUGUGGGAAAUCCUUCAAGAAUACCACAAUUUUUAAUGUUCAUCAGAGAAUUCAUACUGGAGAGAAACCCUUCAGAUGUAAUGAGUGUGGAAAAGCAUAUAGAAGUAAUUCAAGCCUUAUUGUUCAUAUAAGAACUCAUACUGGGGAAAAACCCUAUGAAUGUAAUGAGUGUGGGAAAGCAUUCAAUCGUAUAGCAAAUUUCACAGAACAUCAGAGGAUUCAUACAGGAGAGAAACCCUAUAAGUGUAACGAAUGUGGGAAAGCAUUCAUUAAUUAUUCAUGCCUUACCGUACACCACAGAAUGCAUACAGGAGAGAAACCUUAUAAAUGUAAUGAGUGUGGAAAGGCCUUCAUGCGCUCUUCAUCUCUAAUUAUACAUCAGCGAAUUCACACUGAGGAGAAACCUUACCUAUGUAAUGAAUGUGGAGAAUCUUUCAGAAUAAAAUCACACCUAACUGUACAUCAAAGAAUUCACACUGGGGAGAAACCAUAUAAAUGCACUGACUGUGAAAGGGCUUUUACAAAAAUGGUAAAUCUCAAGGAACAUCAGAAAAUUCAUACUGGAGUAAAGCCCUAUAAAUGCUGUGAUUGUGGAAAAUCCUUCAGGACUAAGUCAUACCUUAUUGUACACCAAAGGACCCAUACUGGAGAAAAACCCUAUAAAUGUAAUGAAUGUGAGAAAGCUUUCACAAAUACAUCACAGCUUACUGUGCAUCAAAGAAGGCAUACUGGAGAAAAACCCUAUAAAUGUAAUGAAUGUGGGAAAGUUUUCACAAGUAACUCAGGCUUUAAUACUCAUCAGAGGACACAUACUGGAGAGAAACCAUUUAAAUGUAAUGACUGUGGGAAAGCAUUUAGCCAGAUGGUACAUGUCACAGAACAUCAGAAAAUUCAUAGUGGAGAGAAACCAUACAAAUGUGAUGUCUGCGGAAAAGCCUUCAGGAGGGGUUCAUAUCUUACAGUACACUGGAGAACACAUACUGGUGAAAAACCCUAUGCAUGUAAGGAAUGUGGCAAAGGUUGUAUUACCCUAUCACAGCUAACUCUCCAUCAAAGAAUUCAUACUGGGGAGAGGCCCUAUAAAUGUGAAGAAUGUGGAAAAGCCUUUAGGACUAAUUCAGACUUUACUGUACAUCUGAGGAUGCAUACGGGAGAAAAACCAUAUAAAUGUAGUGAAUGUGGAAAAGCCUUUCGAAGUAGCUCAAGCCUUAUUGUACAUCAAAGAAUACAUCAGAGAGAAACUCAGCUAAUAUAAAAAGCGAUAAAUCAUCCAGAUAUUAAGUCCACAAGAAGAUCUUAUAAACUGUAUAUUUUAUGGGGAAACAUUCAGGAACCAUUUGCCAAGAAAUACACACUGAGGAGACACACUAUAAACAUAUUAAUAUGGAAGAGCACUUAACCAUAUUAAAAGUUAUAAGAAAUUUCCCAAGAGAAAAAAUUAAACAAAAGCUUUCAUCCAGAUUUCAUAGUGUUUUUAUCUAACAAUUAUCUUCAGUGAUUUGCCUAUAUAUAUUUCUGCCUAUUUUUCUAUUGAUUUGUCUAUCCUAUAUGUCUGGAGGUACUCUUCAUGUAUUUUAGAUAUUCUUUGUCAUGUAUGUUGCAAGUGUUUUUUAAUUUAGCAUUUUUGUCUUUAUACUUUUUUGUAUAGUAAAAUGUUACCACAUAUUUUUACAG